AUGGCCAGACCGGUGGGUGCAGGGACGGGUGGGAGCUCGGGUGCGUGGAACACGUACAUAGAGGACGAGGACGGGUCGCUGUAUGCGCCCGCAGGCGGCGACGACGGCGGCGGUAAGGUUGCGGGCAAGAGUACGGGCAAGGGCAGGAGCAGCCGAGCCAGCGGUAGCAGCAGUGGCGGCGGUGGGCGGCGGCGGCAUUACGAUCCGCACGCUGGUGGCCUCAUCCUUCCGUCAUCGUCGUCGAUGCACUUUGAUGCGCGAGCGGUGCUCGGCGUUGUGCCUCUGCACGAGAUCCCGUCGCGGGCGCGGAGCUCGGCACGGGUCCCGCUGCUCGAGUGCACCCGGUGCUCCGGCUGGGGCCAUCUCGAGCCGCACUGCCCCGAGGCUGUCCGCAAGCCGACCGAUCCGCCGCUGUUGGUGCUCUCGUCGGCCACGACCGCCAAGUUUGCCGCCAAGCAUGCGCCGCCGCCGGCCGCGCCGGCCCGCACCAGCAGCGCAGCCUCGGCAAGCUCACACUCGCGCUCCCGUCGCGAGCGCGGUGGAGGCGGUAGCACAGGCGGCGCUGGAGCCGGGAGCGGCGACCGCGACCGCUCACGCUCCCGUGACCAGCGCGGAUCGCGUGAUAGCAGCCGUGCCCCGGUUCCGGGCGUCGAUGGCGCCGUCGACUUUAACGGCGUAUGCUUCAUCUGCAACAAGCCCGGCCAUCGCGCCCGCCAGUGCACGCAGCGCGCUGCCGGCAAGUCAUCCGAUCAUGGCGCGUGCUUCCGCUGUGGCCAGCAGGGCCAUUAUGCUCGCGAGUGUCCCGACUCAUAG